AUGGCAAGGUCCUUCGAGCUCGUCCUGCUUGCUCUUCUUGUUGCAGUAGCAAUGGCGUCUCCCCUGGCUCUCGCCUACGACCCGAGCCCUCUCCAGGACUUCUGCGUCGCCGACACCUCUUCUGAUGCAGUGUUCGUGAACGGGCACGUGUGCAAGGACCCGUCGCAAGUGACGGCCGGCGACUUCGCCUUCGCCGGCCUCCACGUCGCCGGCGACACGUCCAACGCGUUCGGCUCCAGGGUGACCCUCGUGGACGCGCGCGCGGUCCCGGGCCUCAACUCGCUGGGCGGCGUCUCGAUGGCGCGCCUCGACCUGGCCCCGGGCGGGCUCAACCCGCCGCACACGCACCCGCGCGCCGCCGAGGUGCUCACCGUCGUCGAGGGCGAGAUGCGCGCGGGCUUCCUCGCCGCCGACGGGACGCUCUUCGCCAGGGUGCUGUCCGUGGGCGACGCGUUCGUGUUCCCCAGGGGGCUCGUACACUUCGAGUUCAACUGCGGCGACCGACCCGCCGUGGGGAUCGCCGGCCUCAGCAGCCAGAACCCAGGGCUCGUCCGCGUCGCAGACUCGCUCUUCGGCGCCAACCCCGCCGUCGACGACGACGUGCUCGCCAAGGCGUUCAGGAUCGACGCGGCCACCUUGCAGAGGAUCAAGGCGCAGUUCGCUACGAAGAAGUAACGGACGAGCUAGUAAUUAAUUGUCU